AUGUCGGAUAACGGAACACAGUUUUCUGACAAGAAAUUUGGGAAGUUCCUGUCAGGCCUUGGAAUCAAACAAAAGUUCUCUUCUGUGGAACACACCCAGUGCAAUGGACAAGCUGAGGCGGCGAACAAGGUCAUCCUGAGUGGCACAACACCACAAUCUUCUACCGGAGAGACGCCUUUCCAGCUUACUGAUAGUGUGGAUACGAUGAUUCCCAUGGAAAUAAGAGAACUGAGCUCAAUGUUACUCCUCAAUAGAAGUGACAAAGUGACUAAGAAGGACCUGAUAGAUGAGACCAAGGAGAUGGUCCACUUGUCAGAAGCGGCAUUGAAGCAAAGUUAG